CGAGAGCGCCCGAACAAGGCUGCAGUAUCGCGCACGCGCGGAAGACAACUGUGGGGCGGAGCCUGGGCCGAAGCUAGAAACGGUGUGGGCGGGGCAAGGUGACGUUAGUUGACCCAAGGUUCUGACCGCGUUGCGGAGGACGGGGGGCUCGUGGGACGCCCCGCGCUUUCAGACAGCAGUCCCAACGGCUCUUUCGGCCCGUCCGGGUGAAACGUGGGCUGUUGUUGCGAGCUCCAAGAAUCUGGAGGUGUUCUUCCGCGAGACCCCCUCCGGAAAUACUGAACAGAAAAGCACCUUGCAUUCCAGACUUUGCCGGCGCUUAACAGGGAGGAAUCCUGAAUCCCCUGCUCCGUUCACUGGAGUGGGCGGGGUCGUGACGCCAUCAGAGGGCGUCCUGAGUGGGCGGGGAACUGCAGUCAAAGAUGCUGGAGUCUCUGUUGGCCCUUGGCGGAUUGGUUCUGCUUCGGGAUUCCGUAGAAUGGGAGGGGCGCGACCUGUUGAAGGCGCUCAUCAAAAAAUCUGCACUUUGUGGGGAGCAGGUUCACGUUCUGGGUUGUGAAGUCAGCGAGGAAGAGUUUCGAGAAGGUUUUGACUCCAGUAUCAACAGCCGAGUGGUUUACCAUGACUUCUUCAGAGACCCUUUCAAUUGGUCAAAAACUGGGGAGGCUUUUCCUGGGGGACCCCUGGGAGCCUUGAGAGCCAUGUGCAGGACGACAGAUCCCAGGCCUAGCACCAUUGCUCUUGACUCACUCAGCUGGCUGUUGCUUCAUUUUCCCUGUACCACAGUCUGCCAGACCCUCCAUACUCUGCGCAAUCAAGGUUCCUGCUGUGGUGACAGCUCCCUAGUACAGCAGGUGAACGUGCUGGGCCUGCUUCAUGAAGAGCUCCAUGGCCCAGGUCCCCUUGGAGCACUGAGCAGUCUUGCUCAGACCGAAGUGACCCUGGGUGGCACAAUGAUCCAGGCCUCAGCCCAUAUCCUCUACCGGAAGCCCCGACAUCAGCCAACUCAUCAGACUCAGUGGUUUUCCAUCCGUCCUGACUUCAGCCUGGAUCUCCAAGAGGGGCCACCCCUGCAGUCCCAGCCCCACCCAGAUCCUCACACAUUCCCAGUGGAUCCCACAACUCAUUUGACCUUUAAUCUUCGCCUGUCCAAGAAAGAAAGAGAAACCAGAGAUAACCUGACUCUGCCCUUCCAGUUCAGCUCUGAAAAUAGCGGGAAUCAAACUCAGGUCCUUGAGCUUUCAAGACAGGCGGUGUAACCACUGAGCCAAAUCCCCGGCCGAUGACAGGUUAUUGAUUAACCUCUCAGACAGUAUAGGGGCUGAAGUCCACCUCCAGAGACAAACCCAGGGAGUGGUUCCUUACCUUCCCAUACCUCUCACCAUGGCAGAGGGCCUUCCUGUCUUCUCUCUUCACUAGAGCCAUGGAAUCCAGCUCCCUAUUUGUUCCCAGAGUAAUUUGCGCCUGGGCUGAGCCAGACCAGAACCUGGGGAGGUGUCCUUUCUCCAGGAAGCAGUAGUAGGACAGGAAACUACAUGGGUGUGGCAAAGGCUGCCACUCUUUGCUCAGUGUGUGGGUAGGUGAAGCAAGAUGGCAGCAGAAUCUUUGCCCUCAAGCUGCUAAGAACUUGAAAGAGUGUUGUUAGGGCAGUAUAAGAGCACCUGCGCCUAGGUGGGUGGUGCUUUAACCCUGACAAAUAAUGGGAGUCAGAGAGGGACUUCCAGGAAGUAGACACAGAGGCUUAGGAGUUUGGCUCAGUGACAGUCACAGUCACCUUGGAAGAAGGUAUCUAGACCUGACCUGUUACCCACCCUCACCAGCACCAAUUCUUCCCUCCUCAGACAACAGGCUCUGCUUCGCUCUGAGCCAAACCAGGCUUCCAGCCACAUCUUGUAUGAGCCAGAUGCUUAUGAUGACCUGGACCCAGAAGAUCCAGAUGAUGACUUGGAUGUUUGACAGUCAAAUUUAACCAGACUGUAGAGGGUGGGGAUAGGAGGCCCAGAACUUCCCUUCAGUUUGCAUUGGCCUUACUCUGUCCCUGCCCUGCCUUUGCUCCUUUGUCUAUGGAGGCUCUGCCUGCAAGUCAGGGAGCAGCAGCUGAUCAAGGCAGAAAGUUGGAGGGCAUAGGAUAAGGCAAGAGAAUAGGAACCCUCUUAAUAAAGUGUUUUAUUAUUAAUAAAACAAACUUUUCAUAACUAAA